CUUAGUCAACAGUCAAAACAUAUUCCGUUUGGAAAACCAAAAUCCAUAUUAAAAAGAUAUAAUUCAGUAUUUGUUUGUGUAUUAAAACAAUCUUGCUCAUGGAUAACUUUCGUUCAUUAUAUAAAGCCAACCCUACUAGUGCUAAAAAAUGCAAAAGAAAAGAAGCCCACGAAAUCCGUGCCAACAAACGGAGUAUGCUAUACACUUCAACAAGAAAUAUUUCACCAAGUCCUUCACCAUCGAGGGGUUCCUACAGCGGCAGUCCAAAAAAAGACGAAAAGGAGAAUAUUCAACCAAUAACGUCGGUGCUUUCAGAAAAACCGGAGCCUGGAACAUCUCAAUGUAUAAAUAACGAAAAACUGAACCGACGAAAAGCGCACUUAUUAAAGUUUCUAGCAUGGAAAGCCGAAAAAGCCAAAAAGGCCGAAAUUAAAGAAAAAUCGAAGCGUGCUCCCUUUAUUGUUAGUACGCGCAACUGUGCGGUGACAGCUGCAGCAACUCACAAUAUCAAAAAAGCAUCUUUUGCUCCAGAAAACCACAUCUUUCGGCCGCCAGCCACACUUCAGAAGCCUGAAUUAAAAGUAAUUGAUUCAAAGAGCGUGCGGUUGAUAAAUGGAACUCGAGAAGAAACCUACCACUUUCUCGCAACACCGAACAAAAAGGCUGAAAAGUUGGAGUCUGAAGGUCCAACAGUUUUUAAGUCUUAUAAUAAGCAAAUAACACAUAAAACUCCUGUAGGGAAUACGAGAGUUACCAAUACGAAACUUAAUUUUAAACCAAUUAUGCAAAAAGAAAUCCAUGUUGAUGAACUUCAUCCAAAAGGGAAAUCUAGUUCAGUUUUAUUGAAACCUAAGCCAUUACUACCGGCUAUCAAGCGGUCAAAUUUUAAACCUCCGAAGAGCUCGAACUCCUCAAUAUCGAACGCUUUAAUGGCAGUCAGUAAGCAAAAUAUUUUCAAAAGUGAAGCGCCACUAUCCAAACUAAUUGGCAAAUCAUAUUUAGAGGGCAUGAUUGAAGACGGCAAACUCUCGAAACAAGUGCAUAAAACUCCAAGGAACGCUAAUCAGGGACGUCCUUUGCACAACGUCAAUACCUUGGCAAAAAUUAAAUCGUCAUCUAAAGAACCAAGAAGCGAUAUAAUAAAGUCUGUGCUCCCAGUUGUUAAAUCAACGACACAUGCAUCAAUUAACAAGUCUAACCAAAAACCAGUUAUCACAUCAAACAAACUAAAGACUAUUUCUGAUAAUGCUCUUGUCCAAACUACGAAAGUUGGAAAGACACCUUUAAAACCGAAAGGUUUAUUAGAUACUCAACCAAAUCCCAACCAUGGUUCUACAAGAACAAGGUCCAAUGCCGGUCCUAUAAAACCUAAAUCCGUUCUGCCGCCAAUAAAGCGUACAACUUUCAAAGCUCCGAAAAAAACAAAUUCAUCAAUUUCAAAUGCUCUUGUGACAGUUACUAAAAACAGUUAUUUGAAAGAAAGGCCAGCGAAAGUAAAAUUGAACGGUAAAGCGGUUCCAAAGACCCUGGGCGAAGCCUCUAAACCCUCGGACCUUAUUCCAGAGACUCCCACCGAUGCCAACCAGGGCUUCGAAUUCCUCAACGUUGUCACAUCAACAAAGAUAAAAUCAUCGUUAAAAAAAUCAAGUGACGACUCGCUCUUUGUUGAAAUGGAUCAACUAGUGAGCCCUGUAGAUGAUUCGACGAAACAGCCAGCUGAUGGAGAAAAAUUCAAUUUUCUUCGUUAUUCCGUGGUUAAGUCGGAUGAAAAGAAACCUGAAGAUGAGCCCGAAACAAAGAUGACAAAUGAAGUCAAUACGACGCCUGACAAAGCUGCUAUACCACAAACUCCUACGACAUAUCUCAGCCCUUAUGUCUCUGUGUCAAGAGGCAAGGUAGGAAUCAAAAUCGAACGAGAGAAACGAAACAGUGUGUAUAUGUCGGUUGACAAAUCCAUCAAUGAGGACGCGGACACAACAGCAAAAGCGCGUCAUACUAUGGCUACAGUUCAUUACUACCGAAAGCAGUUAAAAGAUGAAAUUUCCCGUUUGGAUGGUCAAUGUGAUGAGUGGCAGAAGUACAAAGAGGCAAAUGCUCAUGAUUUGGAAGACACUGGGUCAGAUAUGAUAAAUGUGACCAUUGGCCAAACAAAACUUCUCACUACAAAGAAACUAAAACAAUUUGGAGAUCUGAUUGACCGCUGCGAGAAUGGUGCGAUGGGGAUUAAAUCGCUGAGCAAAGGAGAUGGAGCCAAGCCUAUUUUAACAGAAGAUCUUGAAGGAUUCUGGUCGAUGGUAGGCCUUCAAAUUGAGAAUGUAGACAAACGCUUUGCAAACCUUCAACGCUGGAAAGAAAAUAACUGGAAAGAUCCCGAUGAAGUUCCCAUAAAAGCCGCAAAUAAAAAUAAUAAAAUAAAGAAAGUUAAAAAAACCAAGAACGGAACCAGUGCCGGACCAAACAGAGACCUGCAAAAGAUACUUAAGAACGCUCAAGCCGCUUUCUUGCGCAAAAAAACAGCAAACAAUGAAAUCGACGAAGAUGUGAUUCUAACGCCAUCAAAGAGUCGUCAAGUGUUGAUAAGAGAUCGUCGUUCCAGGUCAGCUGCUGCCACAGUUAUAACAAUUCAUACCCCGAAAACACGUCGUAAAUCAUUUGUUUUUGAUCAAACGACACCGACUGCAGAUUCAAAAGUACUGCCACACAUAAAUGGUUUUAGAAAGAGCAUGAACCUAUUUAAAAGCGCUAUUCUCAAUAAAAUAGAUAAAACAUCACCUGUACUAAAUAAUUGUGCUACUCCAUUGCCUAUUUCUCGAAAAUCUAUCUUAAAAACUCCAGGGUCCAUUCGUCAGCGAAAGAGUGUCAUAUUUAAUAGUCCCACAUUACAAUUUACAGUAGAAGACAAGAUAGAAAAUGAAAAUCCUUCCCAGAGAAUGUCGUCGGGUGUUCAUCUGAGAGAAGAAGAGGAAGAACGUACUUAUUCGUUGAGAAAUAGAAACAUCAAAUUAAGGGAUCCUGCAGAAAUUAUCAUUCCCCAUUAAAACAAUAUUGUGCUUGUUCAUUAUCUGAUAUGAAAACAUUUAUGUUUAAGCGUUUUGUUAUUUUUAAGUUGGUUUGUAUUUUUAUUGUAUGAUUUUUCAGUUAGAAAUUCAUAAUUUUGUAUCCAUUCACUGUCAUUAUUUUUAUUAAUAAAUA